AGGCUGUGUACUCUAUGGUUGUCCGCCCUCUGCGCUUCCUCUCUAGCCGCUCGCGCUCUAUGCUCCGCGGUCGCGGGCUGCCCGGCCGGGAGGGGUGCGCAGAGGGAGGCGGGGCGGGAAGGCAGAGGUGUCUCCUCCACCAGAGCGGCGGGAGACCUGAGCAAGAACCUCUGUGACAGCUCGUCGGCCGCCAUGUCAUCGAGUGGGGCUGGAAACAGCCCCGGCGCCCAGCGGUAGCUCUCCUUCGACUCCAGUUGCCAGACAUGGAAGGACUUUAAAGAAACUUAAAUGGUUCAACAAAAGAUGCUCUAAUGGAUGACAGUGAAACUCCUACAUGUAAUCUGCAGAUAGAACCACAAGAUGGAUGUCAUCCUGGUGACAACGUGGAAAGUACAGUAACACACUUGCCUUCUGCAUCAGACGAAAAUGAAAAUCAACUUGACGCAGACGGGCAUGCGCGUCUGAGCAGCAGUGACAGUGCAAUGGGCAAACCCGGAGUGUCUGAGCAGGACAGUCUAAACAAUAACGAACGCUGCACGCCGCGCUGUGAGGUGGCUGCAAGUGAGAACUUGGAAAACGCUCCUUGUGAAGGCCCCAAAGAUGGGCAGGACUUCUUGGGGAAGGACAAAAGAAUACCCGGAAAAAGAAGUUCAAGGAGCAGAAGAGGCACUGCCGAGAAGAUACCACGAGGGCUUUCUUCAGGAGAUUCUAAAUCUUUAAUGCAAGAAAACGUACUGAGUGCAGCCACACGUGCUGUUGGUGAUGAGGAGUCUGCUGAAGUGAAUGCUAAUGAUCAGCCGGAAGCCCCAGCGCUAGCUCUGCAGUCUCUGUUCUCGCUCAUACGAGGUGAAGUUGAGCAGCUGGACUCAAGAGCCCUUCCGCUUUGCCUUCAUCAGAUAGCAGAGUCCUAUUUCCAGGAGGAGGACUAUGAGAAAGCAAUGAAAUUCAUUCAGCUUGAACGACUGUAUCACGAGCAAUUGCUCGCAAACCUUUCUGCCAUUCAAGAACAAUGGGAAACAAAAUGGAAAACUGUACAACCACAUACAGUCACAUCUCUAAGGAAUUCAGAAAAGGGAUUUAAUGGUGAAGAUUUUGAACGGCUUACUAAAUUUUGCACAACGCAUCAAGAUCCUCUUUUAUCCAAACAUAAGAUAGCAGCCGUAGAAAAGUCCCUGGGAAGGAAAUGCUUUACGCAGUUAACAGCGUCUGAAGAUUCAAAGGAAAGUGGAGCUCCACCCACAAAGCCGGAGAGUGAAACUUGUCUUGGCACAGAACCAAGUAAAGAAAGCCUACAUAGAGAAGAGACCUCAGAGAGCAGCCCCUGCUGUAACCACAUGGCCAGGCCAGCAGAUCCCCAGAGCCUGCUGACAACUGCAGGGAGGGACCACACGGCGGAGCCACUCUGCAGCGCUGCUGACACACGGGAGCUCCACGCCCAGCCCUCAGAGACAGCCGGGAGCAGGUCUGGGCCACACUCUGCCGAGAAAGCUUGCAAGGAUGACAGCCGCCUGCAGCUGGCUCACACAGAAGUCUGCCAAGAUGUGGCCGAAAUAGAGGGCACUGCUGAAGACCCUAAGGGGUUCCUUUCCAGUGGGUCAAUGAUAGAGCCAUUGAUUUUACCAGGCUCUGAGCGUGUACCUCCUGCCCUGAUUUCUGAGGGUGAAUAUUCACAGACUCAACAAAAAGAACUCCAGUUGCCACUUCAGGAUGCUUCUGAGGCGUUGUCCACAGACCAACUUGAGAACAAUGAAUUAAAUGAGCUGCUGCAACCUGAUCUCACAGGCAGUGAUGGAAAAUCACCGCCAGGGCCGGCUGACUCAGAGGGCUCCCAGAGUGUACUUUGUGAAAAUAAGAAAGUAUCUGACUUAAGUACAGUGCUUUCCGAGGCGUCUAUGGCCCCAGAGGAAAAGGGAAGUAAGGAGGAACAAGUCAAUAAAGAAACAGAAGACUAUUUGACCAGCCUUUUGGAAGGAUGCUUAAAAGAUACUGAAGAUUCCCUUUCAUACGAAGAGGAAGACUCCGAUCUCCUUCAAGACCUUUCUCCUGACGAAGCAUCCUACAGUCUACAGGAGAACCUGCCUUCCGAUGAUAGCUGUCUUUCUCUCGAUGAUCUUGCAAAAAGGAUAGAGAUUGCAGAGGUUGUUCCUGCCGAAGGGUUGGUCUCCAUAUUGAAGAAGAGGACUAAUACUGUAGGAGAGUAUCCUGCCCAGAUGCCACAGAAACCAUCUAAGCGAAGAGUGAGAUUCCAAGAAAUAGACGAUAGCUUAGAUCCAGAUGAAAUUGGAGGUGGUUCCUGUAUCUUACUGGUCUUGCUGUGCAUAGCAACGGUUUUCCUUAGCGUUGGAGGAACUGCAUUAUACUGCACUUUUGGUGACAUGGAGUCACCUGUUUGUAUGGACUUCACAGACAACAUGGACUUCUAUUACUCUAAGUUACUGCAGGGAAUGGCAGAACUUAAACACUGGAUCUACCUCUCCUAGCAGCAUUUAGAGGGACAGGCAUGCUGGCAGUGAGAAUCAAAGAGUGAAACUUUCUAAACAGUUUUUAUUUUAGGAGUUAUAUAACGUGUGUCCCCCACACCCAGAGAGGAGCCAUGGACAUCAGAAACAACGACUUUAAGUGGCAGUCCAGAGGACUCUUAGAAUAAUCCAUGUAAUAAGGCAAAGGUCGAUCUGAGCACUGUGGAUGGAAGGAGUGAUCUUUGGAGAGCAUGCUGUCCUCUUCACUGCCACCUAGUGUAAUGAGCUACCCUGAGCAGAGGCAAACAGUGCAGUGUUCGAGCCACACCAUUUUUAGCUUUCUCGUCAAGCUAAUGGUCAAAGGACACUUUGGGUUUACAUUCGUUGGUCAAAGACGUUGCUUCCAGCCAUCACUGCAAUAAGUUUGUGUAUAAUCAAAAGGAGUUACCUGUGGUUUAAAUGUCUUUUUUUAGUUAACCUUGGGAGCUAUGUAAUUUAGGGUUUUGCGCAUUCUUUCCAGAUUCUGUUCUCCAUUUGUAAAAUGGUUAUGUGUGUGUGUGUGUGUGUGUUUGCAUGUGUAUUCAGCUAAUCAUAAGCAAAUAUUCAAACAGAAUAACAAAAAUUAUCUUUAUUCUUUUAACUUGACUAUAGAUGUGCAGGCACAAAUCUUCAAAGAAGGCUUAACUAUGGGACAGAUGAAUUAUAGAAAUCUUGGCCCUAAAAUGAGACGCUGUGACAGAUCUGUGACAGUUAACUUGAUUAACUAGCCAGAAAUUAAUCACAGUCUAGAAGUAAAAUGAAAGAGCUCCCUCUGAGUCUCAGGCAACCAGUUUCAUCAUGGAUUCAGUGCUUCCCGAAGUCUGAUGAACACCAGACUCAACUCAAUUCAGCAAAUGCUUGUUGAACACCUAUUAUGUGCUGAGAAUCUAAGAACCAGAAUACAAAGAUAAAUAGGAUAUUGGUUUCUGCUCUAGAUGUGUUAAUUCUGGUCUUAUGAGAAAAAAAAUAAAUAAUUCUUUGGCAAAUGAAAUUAAAUCACCAUAUGUAAUUCAGUAUUAACAGAUCAUACAUUCAGAUGUUUGAAUGUGCAUCCAUAUCAUGGGCUUGAUCUAGACCUAUUAUGGGGUCAUUAAGCGAAAAUUCAAUCAUGUCUUAAAUAGGCAAAUGUCUGAUUUUUGUUUAAAUCUGUCAGGUGGAAUUUCUUUUUCUGAGGUCUAACAUUUAGAAAACCUUGCUUUCACUUUUUCUAUCAUAGGCAGCAUUUUUAAAAAACACACGAGUUAUAGUUUUUUAGCAAGUGAUCAUUAUUUCACGUUUUUCUGUUAGGGUAAUUUGAAAGAAAAAGGGAGAAAUUACUUUCUAGUUGUUACUGGCUGGUACAGUACCUCCCUUUGUGUUUCUGCUUAUUUAUUUAGAUAUGUGAAUUUUAAAGGGCUUUUGUAUAAGUCGAAAGUGUGUUGUUGUGCAUGCAUUUGGUUAUCCCAAUGUAGAUAUUUAAUUACAAUGUACUUAGCAUUUUUGAUUUUUCUAUAAUUUCAAUUCAUUGUGUUUUUAGGUUUGUUUAUUUUUAAAUUGGUGUUUUAUUUUCACUUAUAAUACUGUUUGACUUGUCUCUGUCAUAUCACCAUAAACUGUAAUAUUUUCAAGGAUUAUAGAUCAAAGAUAUUUAUUUAGAAGUGUAUAAGAUACUAAAAUUUAGAUUCCUUAUACAUAAGGCUGAUUUUAUUAGAAGAUUAUUUUAAUGUUCUAUUAUAAAUUUUAAGAAUUUGUAUUCAAAUUGUAUGUAAAACGUUGACGGUACUGUCUCACGUGGUUCUAUGAAAACAUCCGCAGUGUCUGCCGUGAGGGGUAUCCCCAUCACAGACAGACUCUUCUGUUUUACCCUCUUAAUUUCUAGUUAUGGGAAUUUGGUGAUGCUGAUUUCUGCCAGUUUUAUGUCAAGAUAAGUCAAAACUUCCCUCCUGUUCUCCUCUUUUACGUCACUAUCGAAGUCCUAAAUCUGUAGCUUCAUAUUUUCCUAAAGGCCUCCAGCUCUAGUACUUAUGAAACUAGAGAUUUCCUGGGAACUUUCACACUGAGAUGAAAAGGAUGAGAUAGUACCUUGGUCCUCACGGGCCCAUUUGAGUCUCAGAAGAACCGUGUGUGUCCCCACCACUUCCCGGGGAAGGUGAGGUAACCUCAGGAGCAUAUUGACGUCUUGACUUAAAAUAGGCAUGAAAAUCUCAAGUAGCAAAUUUAAGGCAACUUUAAAAAAUAUUAUAGUCAUUUAUUGCAUGAAUUGGGUGGAGUAAUUCCAUCUGGUGAUGAAAGAAUUGUUAUCACACAUAAAAAUUCAUCCAGUUUUACUAUACUGUAAUUUUUUCUGUCAUUUGAAAAUACUGACAAUUAUUUGUAACUAAUCUUCCUUAAGAACUGUAUUUGAGGGUAACAGAUCAAGCUUGUAAUUUAAAAAUCUACACCAACAAAA